AUGGAUGUCACAAUCAUUUUUCAGUCUAUUCAAACUGAAGUCUUCUAUUGUUUUGAGAAUCUUAAUCUCAAUUCUGGGAGUUAUGAUGAUUUCUCAAUUCAAUUACAAUCUUCUAAAACAUGGUACCUAGCAGAUGGUAUUAUAUCCCCCAAGUUAGUCCCAGCAAAAACAAUAGUUGCUCUGGAGCCAAAAGGCACAGUUAGAGAUGAAUUUCAAGAAUUCGACAAGGUUCUUGUACUGAGAUUUAACAUGUCACCUUGGACAUUAGAGGAGUUAUCAUUUUGUCAGAAACACAUUUUCCCAGAUGUGCCAGAAGACAUAAUGCAAGCUCUUUAUUUCAAGGUGGGUGGUGUGCCAGGAUGCAUUUUUUGGAGAGUUGAAAUCUCAUUGCAAUACUUUGAUCCAAAAACACCUGAGGGGAAGGAGAAGAUUAUAGACAAAACUUUUGAACAUGUUAAACGUGCUAUUUUGCAAGUUAACAACUUCAAUGACCUUAUGUUAUGCUUUACUGAAAAUGCCCAUUUUAUUCAAUAUAGUAGUUGUCUUGUUCACCGGUGGGCUGAUUCUUCUUAUGAUAAUUAUCACCUCAAAUGGGCUUCACGUUAUAUAAAUGAUGAAAUCGAGAAAAAACUAGAGGAAUAG